AUGGUGUCGAGGCGCUGGAAGCGAAGGAGGCCGCUGCUGUUUAUUGCGGCGCUGUAUGUUGUGCUCGGCCUCACAUUUGUAGGUUUAUGCCUGCUCGUACUCACUGACCGUGGCCACCGCAAGGAGGAAGUGGGAAUGCCGCAGUUUCAUGCUGCGGAUAAUUUUUCGUCGAAUGCGGUGCCAACUGAGAACACAAACAACUUAACGCGGGUUUUUUCUUUGAAAGAAAUUGUGUGUGACGGCUUUUAUCGUUUUCGUUCGGUGGCGGAUGGCCGCUGGCUUGGCCACUCGUCGGAAGGCCUCUACGGUGGGGUCUUAGAUAAAACAUUGGGUGUUGAGUGUGGAGCAACCAAGGGAACAUACGCCAUUCAGGCGUGGAGCUCCUUGUUUCUCUCGGCACACACCGAUGGAAGUGUUGGGAUGGACCGUCCAAAGGCGAGGAAGGCAGAAAUGUGGAGUUUUAAAUUUUUGCGCGGAGCAGGCACCGUCGCCCUUUGGUCGGUUGCCAGAAGGUGUUUUGUGCGCAUAUCUGGUGACCGCUUGAUGUGCAACGCAAAGACUUUAGAACGGGCAACCCACUGGAUGUUCUACAUUGAGCCCCAAAAGACCUGUCGUUCUCCAGGAGCAGGCGAAGGUAGGGACACAGUGACACGUGCCUGCUGGAAGGUUUGGCUUCCCGCUCCCAAGAAAGGCGUUGAACCGAAAGUUGUGUUUUUUGGGACUUUUAAACCAUUGAAAUCACUUGUGUCAAAUGAGAGUGAUGUGCAUGAUCAGGUUGUCAUCGCUAACCGUACCCUUUUUAACUGGGCGCUCAUCGAAGGCGUUCAACCUGUGGUGUUCUCUGACAAUCCUUUGGAUCAUGAGCUUAUUGAACGAGUCAAUUCAGAUCUUGCGGCGAGGAGGGUUGGGCAACGUAUUGAUGUCAUAAAAGACUUUGAGAUUCAUCAAAAGUUUGGGCUGCCCACAUAUAGGGGACUUUUUUCGCGCGUGCUUGCAGAUUACCCGGAUGUCCAUUAUUUUAUAUACUCCAACAUGGACAUUCUCUACACGCGUUCUGCACUGGAAACGAUCAGGGCCGUGCAACGCUACUACUCUGCCAUGGAGGGAAGUGAAAGAAAAUUCAAUGUAAAGGGCUGGUUUGCAGUUGGACGCCGCACCAAUGUUGAGGUUCCGUUGCAUUGGUCAUUGGGCACAAAUUGGGAAAAAGACGUGGAGGUGGUGUUUGGGGCAGCAGGAACAUUGUUUCAAUCCUUUUCGGAGGACUACUUUGCAAUGAGUCGUAACACGUUUGAUUGGAAAGGUAUACCUGAUUUCGUUGUGGGUGGAACAGCAUUUGACAACUGGCUGACGACUCAGGCAGUUAUGCUUGCCCGUGCAGGUCUGGCACUGACAGUUGAAGCGACCCUAACACUUAUGGCGAUUCACCAGAAUCAUGGAGAGAACUUAAAAGCAAGUCACAUGCAUCCCAAGUCACGCUACAAUAAUAAAUUGGCACGGAUAUAUGGUGGAUGGGCACUUGGACAUACAACAGAUGCCCCUUUUCUGACAGUACGUCAUUUUGGGGGCGAAGUUUUGGUGGUUGGCAAAAAUUCCGUUUUGCUCCAUUGA